UGGGCAUUUUCCAAUUAGGUUGCGGAUCACCGGCAGAUCUAAGCAAGGUUAAUCCGACAGGUUAUGGCAUUGUGGGAGCGGCAAAGUGAGCGAUACCAUAAAGAAGGUUGAUAGAUAAAGGAAAGAAAGAGUAAAUGAAAGGUGCUGUGCUUGAAGGUACAGCGGGUGUGUUGUCCUGAGUUGGAGGAGGAGUGGAGAGGAGAGAUUUGCAGUUGGUGAAAGCAUUUGUGACGUCAGCAGCUUGUUGGAUUGAGGUGCUUUGUCCCGCUGAUUUUAAUCCCAAGUCAUUAAGGAACCGAGAGCAAGUGUCUGCACAAGUGCUCCGGCGAGAGAGAGAAAGUGACGAGCGACGGAAGGAGCACUCAAGAUUCCAUCGAGGGAGAUAAGUAGCUAUCUAUGACUUAAAGGUAGACGAGAAGCAGUUUGGAGUUUUUCAUUUGGAGCGUCUUGCUUGGUUUCUUUCUGUUUUACUGUCGUCCUUGGAAUCCAAUCGUGUGGCGAACAUGCCCACCAACGGAAUCAACAAAGCCUUGAAGCUCCAGUUUGGGCUCAUCAACUACGAAAACCGCUACCUAACAGCAGAGGCCUUUGGCUUCAAGGUGAACGCUUCUGGCACCAGUAUGAAGAAGAAGCAGAUCUGGACCUUGGAGCAGGACGAGCAGGACGGCCAGGUGGUUUUCCUCCGCAGUCACUUGGGACGUUACCUGGCGUCCGACAAGGACGGCAAGAUUACGUGCGGGGCUGAAAGUCCCGACACCGAGUGCCGCUUUCUGAUCGUGCCCCGGUCUGAUGGCCGUUGGGCGCUACAGUCUGAGUCCUACCUCCGCUACUUCGGAGGCUCUGCCGACUACCUGUCCUGCUUUGCCCAGGUGAUUGGCGAGCAGGAGUUGUGGGCGGUCCAUUUGGCCUUGCACCCGCAGGCCAGUUUGCUGAGCGUGGCGCGGAAACGCUACGCUCACCUGUCAGCCUCCGACGGCGAGAUCUCGGUGGACAGCAACAUCCCCUGGGGGGUGGACUCCUUGGUCACCUUGGUCUACCAGGACGGCAAGUACAGCCUGAAAACCUGCGACGGGCGUUUCCUGAGUAAUGAUGGCAAACUCGUCAAGGAGAACACCAACGCGACCAGUUUCACGCUGGAGCUGAAAUCAGGCAAGCUGGCCUUCAAGGACUGCGACGGCAAAUAUCUGACCCCGGUGGGUCCCACAGGAACGCUGCGAUCCGGCCGAUGCUCCAAGCCGGGCAAGGAUGAGCUCUUUGACCUUGAAGAAAGCCACCCGCAAGUCGUCUUUCAAGCCGCCAAUAACAGAUUUGUCUCCGUCAAGCAAGGUGUGAGCAUUUCAGCCAAUCAGGACGCAGAAACAGACAUGGAGACUUUCCAGAUGGAAAUUGACAAGAGGGGCAAAAAGGCCACAUUCAGGACAAACGGGGGAUCCUACUGGACUCUUGUGACUCACGGAGAGAUCCAGUCCACCGCAUCCGAAGUAGAGAUCAAUACAAUGUUCGAUAUCGAGUGGCGAGGCCAGCGAGUGGCUCUCAAGGCCAGUAACGGCAAAUACGUGUGCACAAAGAAAAACGGGCAGCUCUCAGCAGUGAGCGAUGCAGUAGGUAAGUGCUCUGGGAGGCGGGGGGCGGGGCUUAAACUUGAUUGCUGUAACAGUACACUAUGUCUUGUUUUUAAAGGAGAGGAUGAAUUGUUUCUGAUGAAGCUCAUCAACCGACCCAUGCUGAUCCUUCGCGGACAGAACGGCUUUGUGUGUCACCACAAGAACUCCAACACUCUCAACGCCAAUCGAUCGGUCUACGACAUUUUCUCACUGAUAUUCAACGACGGAGCCUACAACGUGCAAUGUGUGACUGGAAAGUUCUGGUACGUCUCCAGUUGUGGCCUCGUGUGCUCGGACGGAGAUAAGGCUGAAGAUUUUUUCUUGGAGUUCCUGGAACACGGGCGAGUGGCUAUCAAAGGUUCCAACGGGAAGUACCUUCGGGGAGACCAAGGAGGCACGCUGAUGGGCGAUCGCACUUCAGUUGAUGCAUCGUCUCUUUGGGAGUACUAAAACCUCAUCAAGUCAGUGUCCUAACACAGUGCAAGACCAUAAUGAGAUGAAGAAGCUGCUGCUGUCAGCUCACACAAAGUGGAUUGGCUGGCUAACAUUUUCAUGCCAUCUUUUUAUACCAGCAGCCAGAAGACGCCCAAUUGCAUUUUCCAAUCAAGACAUUUAGGGAGACGUGUGGUUUUGCUUAGUUUUUUUUUCAAAUGACCACAUCAUUGCCAACAUGAUGAAAAAAACACAACCAGUUAAAAUAUGUAGGUCAGCAAAGGUACAUCACGUCCAAGCAGACACCCGCAACCAAAACAUUAUCAUUACGAGCGCUGCCUUUCAAGUGUUAUUUUGCAAAGCCGAUUGUUGAACCACAAUAUGCAACGAUCCGUCUUGGUAAAUCGAAAAAUAUAUUCCUGAAAUACCAUCCAUUCAAAAUUAUUUUUCUCAACAACCACCACUAAAACUCUGUUAGGAAAAAAAAAUCCAGAUCUGUUGAAAUAUUGAAACAGGCACACUUAGUUUAGCUAACAUCUGCAUCAAGCCCUUUGUUUUGUCCGAUGCUUUUAAUUCUUAUGCUCCAUAGGCGAGGCUAAACGUCACACCGAGCAAUCGGUAAUGCCCCAUUGUCUUUAAAGACGGAGUUUUCAUUCAUUUUAAUGGACCAUUUACAGCUUCCAUAAAACACAGUAUGACACAAAGUGGACUCGCACAAAUGAACUGUAUAGUUCUCUCAUGCUAAGCAAUGUACAGUAAAGCAAACUUUGAAAAAAACAUGCCUGGUGGAACAAGUGUGUUGUAAAUGGGGAAGAUAAUGAAAUGCGCCCAUCAGUGUCAAGUGGGAAAAGUUUCUGCAUUGCACUCAACAGUACAUGAGCUCAUUGGCUAGGCUACGGCUACCUCAGUGAAUGCUAAUAGAGAUUGCAGCAAGAAUUUGCAAGACCACAAAUCGAUCGAUGCAGUGUUUGCUAACGCCCACCGUGUCAGUUAAGCACCGCUAGCAGAAUCCUAAAACUGGUCAUCCAGAUUAAUGAUCCCCAAAACAAUUCAUUUCAUCACAAACAAAAGCAGAGCAAGGCUUGGUAGUAAGCUCAAAAAUUGCAAAAUAUAUUUAAGUAAGUAGACGGCGGUAUGAUGGCAGCGUGACACGAGCCAUUAAGUUAACACGGUUUCAUCUUGCGCCUGCAGUUGGCACUGUUGUUAAAAAGUGACACUUGCUAAGAUUCAAUCACGGCCAAUACGCAUUGGCCUUGCUCUCCACUUGCACACUGUCCAUCAAAGAUUUUCUGAAAACACUGCAGAAAUAAAAUCUAAAUGUGUCUAA